AUGGUCGGCAAAAAUUCGGGCGUCGAGUCCUCUAAGAAGGUUGAUGUGACUCCCAAAUCUACUCAGUCUCACAAGCGCAAGAGAGAUCCCCAUGCCUCUCAGGCUGCAACGACUCCCACGCCAACGAAGAAGCACAAGAAACGCGAAAGCUUGCCGAUCGCAGACAUCACAGAUGAUGCUAGCAUCAAGAGGCGCAAGCAUCUCAAGGAUGCGCCUCAAGGAUCGAAUUCCCCGGAAACGUCCCGGAAAGAAAGUACUCUCUCGUCAGACCGCAGAAAAGCGACUGUUGCAGACUCACGCAACGGCAUCAGCGAAACGGCAGGGAAAUCGAAAAAGAGCAAGCGAAAGAGCUCUGGAACGGACGACACACUGGAUGAUGCGGCUGCGUCUGUGAUUACAGGGAAUGAUGAUGAAGAAGUUGAAGCGUCGGAAGUCGAACAACGCGAAUCGAAGAACAAGCAUUCUGGGAUUAUGUCAAAGUUCGAGCGCACCAAAUCCGUCUCCAGCGCUAAAGCCAAAAAAAUUGAACCCGAAGCCGUUGAAGAUGACACACCUGCUGUCGAAGCUGUCUAUGCACAGGGUCUUGAACGACUGCCUCAGCCUGAAAACCCGCCCGAGCCAGAGCAACUCCCAACAUAUUCAUCUCUACCCCCGUGGCUGGCCAAUCCGUUGCGCAAAUCAGCGCAGGACACAAAGAAGUUUUCCGAGCUCGGAAUCAAGCCAGACCUUCUCAAAAUCCUCGAACAACAAAACUACAAAGAAGCCUUUGCUGUGCAGUCUACUGUCAUUCCCCUCCUUCUGCAAGGAGAGCAAAACCACCCGGGAGAUCUCUGUAUCUCUGCGGCGACUGGAUCCGGAAAAACACUUUCCUAUGUUCUCCCCCUUGUUACCGCUCUGCCGCCGAGACCUGCCUCCAGACUCAGAGGAUUGAUUGUAGUUCCUACAAGAGAGUUGGUGAAACAAGCUCGCGAAUCCUGUGAACUAUGUGCCUCUGGAUCCAGACUUCAUAUCGGAAGCGCAGUCGGUAAUGUGGCUAUCAAAGACGAGCAGAAACUCUUGAUGCGCGUGGACCAGGUUUACAACCCGGCUAUUCAACAGCAACAGCGUGAUGGAUUGAAAGGAAACGACUGGAUGAACUUGAGCCUGGAAGACUGUGUCAGUGAGGCGAUUGACUCUUCCGGGUCUCUUCCGGGUCACAUCCAGCGAUCCGAGCCGAAUGUCGACAUCCUUAUCUGUACCCCAGGGCGUCUGGUUGACCACAUUCGCUACACCAAGGGAUUCACCCUCAAGCAUCUCGAAUGGUUGGUGAUUGAUGAAGCAGAUCGUCUCUUGAACGAGAGUUUCCAAGAAUGGGUUGAUGUCGUCAUGAACUCGCUGAACAGUCGAGAGGCCCCCGAGACCUUUGGGCCCGGUGGGAAGCUUUUGUCUGAACUUGGACUUUCCAUUGACGCCAAGCCUCCUCGAAAGGUUGUUCUGAGUGCAACAAUGACCCGCGACAUUUCCAAACUCAACUCGCUACGCCUCGCUAACCCCAAGAUGGUUAUCAUCGGGUCUGAGGAUGUUGCCGACGAACAAGACCCAUCUGCUAUUCAUCCAGAUGCUCACUUCGCCCUACCCCCAACCCUGUCUGAGCAUAUUGUUCAAGUUGGCGACGGAUCUCUUAAGCCGCUUUAUCUGCUGCGUCUUCUUCUUUCUCAUAUUGAGAUUACUGGGGACCGAGCUCCCAGCGUGUCUGAUUCAUCCGACUCUGACAGCUCUAGUUCAGAUGAUGACACUAGCAGCGACGAUGAUACUAGCUCCGAUGAAUCAUCUGAUGAUGACACUUCAUCUUCUGGGUCAGAUUCGGAGUCAGAUUCUGACUCGGACUCGGACUCUGACUCUGACUCGGAUUCUUCGGACUCAUCUGACUCGGAUUCCGAUGCCAUGGAAGUCGUUCCGUCGCCCUCGCAUAAGACUGUUCUGAUUUUCACCAAAUCAUCCGAGUCUGCCUCCAGACUUGCACGUCUCAUUUCGCUUCUGCAUCCCGCGUUGGCCAAACGUGUGGGAACAAUCAUUAAAUCCAACAAAUCCUCUGCAUCUCGUAAGACAUUGACGGCUUACCGACAAGGCCGCAUUUCAGUGAUUGUGGCUACUGAUCGUGCCUCUCGUGGUCUUGACCUGGAAUCUUUGACUCAUGUCAUCAACUACGAUAUCCCGACCAGCAUCACUACCUACGUCCACCGAGUUGGACGUACCGCUCGCGCUGGCCGCGCUGGCUCUGCAUGGACCCUGGUUGCUCACCGCGAGGGCCGCUGGUUUGCCAACGAGAUCGCAGCCAGUGUGGACGGCCGGAUCACACGUACCUCGAACAUCGAUCGUGUCCAGAUCAAGGCCGACGCACUGGACUCACUCAAGCCCAAAUACGCCAAGGCUUUGGACAAGCUUGAACAAGAGGUCAAGCGUGGCUAG